AUGCCGCAGCUGGACUCCGGCGGGGGCGGCGCGGGCGGCGGCGACGACCUCGGCGCGCCGGACGAGCUGCUGGCCUUCCAGGAUGAGGGCGAGGAGCAAGACGACAAGAGCCGCGACAGCGCCGCCGGUCCCGAGCGCGACCUGGCCGAGCUCAAGUCGUCGCUCGUGAACGAGUCCGAGGGCGCGGCCGGCGGCGCAGGGAUCCCGGGGGUCCCGGGAGCCGGCGCUGGGGCCCGCGGCGAGGCUGAGGUCGGGGCCGAGGCUCUCGGGCGGGAACACGCUGCGCAGAGACUCUUCCCGGACAAACUUCCAGAGCCCCUGGAGGACGGCCUGAAGGCCCCGGAGUGCACCAGCGGCAUGUACAAAGAGACCGUCUACUCCGCCUUCAAUCUGCUCAUGCACUACCCACCCGCCUCGGGAGCAGGGCAGCACCCCCAGCCGCAGCCCCCGCUGCACAAGGCCAAUCAGCCCCCCCACGGUGUCCCCCAACUCUCUCUCUACGAACAUUUCAACAGCCCACAUCCCACCCCUGCACCUGCGGACAUCAGCCAGAAGCAAGUUCACAGGCCUCUGCAGACCCCUGACCUCUCUGGCUUCUACUCCCUGACCUCAGGCAGCAUGGGGCAGCUCCCCCACACUGUGAGCUGGUUCACCCACCCAUCCUUGAUGCUAGGUUCUGGUGUACCUGGUCACCCAGCAGCCAUCCCCCACUCGGCCAUCGUGCCCCCCUCAGGGAAGCAGGAGCUGCAGCCCUUCGACCGCAACCUGAAGACACAAGCAGAGUCCAAGGCAGAGAAGGAGGCCAAGAAGCCAACCAUCAAGAAGCCCCUCAAUGCCUUCAUGCUGUACAUGAAGGAGAUGAGAGCCAAGGUCAUCGCAGAGUGCACACUUAAGGAGAGCGCUGCCAUCAACCAGAUCCUGGGCCGCAGGUGGCAUGCGCUGUCGCGAGAAGAGCAGGCCAAGUACUAUGAGCUGGCCCGCAAGGAGAGGCAGCUGCACAUGCAGCUAUACCCAGGCUGGUCAGCGCGGGACAACUACGGGAAGAAGAAGAGGCGGUCGAGGGAAAAGCACCAAGAAUCCACCACAGACGCUGCUGGCUCGCCUAAGAAAUGCCGUGCUCGCUUUGGCCUCAACCAGCAGACGGAUUGGUGUGGUCCGUGCAGGAGGAAAAAGAAAUGCAUUCGGUACUUACCCAGAGAAGGCCGCUGCCCCAGCCCCGUUCCUUCCGAUGACGGUGCUCUAGGCUGCCCUGAGUCCCCAGCUCCCCAGGACUCACCCUCAUACCGUCUGCUGCCCCGCUUCCCCACAGAACUGCUUACUAGCCCUGUGGAGCAGCACCUACAUCCCCAGGUGUCUCCACUGCUCUCAGCCUCCCAGCCCCAGGGCCCCGACAGGCCCCCCGCAGCACCCUGCAGAGCACACAAGUACAGCAACAGGAAUCUCAGAGACAGGCGGCCUAGCAGGCACAGGAUACCUGGCCGCCUCCAGGAGCCUACCCCGAGAGAAAAUGACAAGAGACCCAGAUCGCAUGGAAACCGGCCAGGGGUCCUGUUAACGUCAUCUCAGGGUCCAGACCCUGAAGAUUUCAGAGGCUGCAGAACUUCUGCCUGAACCUGAGGCCAUCGAUUCAAACUGCUCCAAGUGGUGGGAAUCAGAUCUGUGUUGAUGUGUCAUCUAAUUAAGGGAAUCCCUUGUACCUAUGGCUGCCUGCAUCUGUUCUUUGUACCAUCUAUCUUGCCAGCCAGAAGCCUCUGCCUCCCUAGCUUUUCUGCUAUAGGUCAGAGAUGGGCUGAACUGAGCCUAGCUACCUUCUCUACCCAUCUCCCCCAUCCCCCACUGCCACACCCUCCCCAUUCAGACACUUCAUGGACCAAGAAUGAGCUGGUUUGUCAAACAACAUGUGAGCAUGGUCACAAUCACAAAGCUCAAGAUGACAACUCUUCUAAGGAAAUGGAGAAGCUCUCUUUAUAAAAACAAAAACAAAGCCAGCUGCUACUCAUAAGUUGGACCAGAGGAAGCCCCUUACCAUGAUCUCAGGAGCUUGCAAGAAGGGGAAUGGAAUAGGUUAAGUUUAGGCCUAUCAACCUAAGCAAAGAAAUAAUCUGACACUACCUUAUCAGGCAAAUUGGGGAGGGGAGGGUGUAUCUAGCUCUAGUUCAAAUUAUUUGGAAGUGUUCCCUGAGAAACUCAGCAGCCUAAGAAGCUCUGAUACCAAGGCCCCAGGCUUGUCACUAGCAGCUGCAGUCAAUAGUUCAAAGAAGUCAUGGCUCAAAUCCAGUGUGCACCCCUCCCCAUUCACAGAGUGUUUUUCACAAUUCCAUUUCCAGUUCAUCUGUGGCAGUCCAGCCAGCUCCUGGGCAGCUGUGAGAUGGCAAACCCAAAACCUCAUGACAGCCAGAGCCUGUCUUCCAGCAUUCAGUCCAGGCUGGCUCCAGUUUCCCCAUGGGGCUGCAGGACAGAGGACCAUUACAACUAGAUCAAGGAGCCCAGAAAAUCUCCAGUAGUGGACAACAGGUUUUCACCAUAGCCUGCGUCAACCCAUUUUUGAGCCAAGCUUCAACCCUGAGCCUUGAAAAACAAGUCGUUUUUUAAAUUUUUGUUUUUUGCCU